AUGAAAUUAUAAGCUAGCCUAUUCAUUUUUACUUUGCUACUUCUUAGCUAAGUUCAAAGUUAACAAUUAUCUGAUGAUGAUAUCAAAGAACUAGCUAAUGAUUCUUUUGUUCAGAUUUGUCAAAAGUACAAUUAUCCAGUAGAAAUCCACAAAAUAACCACUUAAGAUGGAUACAUUUUGACAUAUUAUCGUAUUUAAAGACCAGGAACUACAAUUGUCUCUAAUUUACCAGUUGUAUAUCUUCAACAUGGUUUGGUAGACUCAAGUUUUGACUUCAUUAUCAACGAAGUUACAAAGGCACCAGGAUUCAUUCUUGCCAAUUAAGGUUUUGAUGUUUGGAUGGGUAACUCUAGAGGUAAUGAUCAAUCAUUAGAGCACAUUUCCCUCAAUUGGUAGACUGAUCCUGAAUACUGGAACUUCUCAUGGUAAGAAAUGAGCAAGUAUGACCUCCCAGCUGCCUUUAGCUAUAUUGCUAAUGUUACAUAAGCUGAAAAGAUUGAUUAUAUUGGUCAUUCACAAGGUACAUCAAUUAUGUUUGCUUCUUUAUCUGAAAAAGACCCAAUUGUUAGCAAAUAUCUUGGCAAAUUUAUAGCUAUGGGUCCUGUAGCAUACGUAAAUCACUCAGAUGCUAUGUUCAUUGAUUUAAUUAAAAAAGUUAAGUUGACUGCUUUACUCCGUAAAUUUAAUAUUAAUUAUGUGAUGAUGCCAAACUAGAAAGUUAACUCUUUUGUUCAACUAGUAUGUGCAUAUUUCCCUAGCUUUUGUGGUUUGUUUGAUUAAGCAUUAGCAAAUUUUGACCCUAAAACUGAUAACUUAGAAAGAUUUAAAGUCAUUCUUGGGCAUUACCCAACUAGUACUAGUUCAAGAACUAUUGAGCAUUGGUAAUAAAUGCUCAACAACAAGAAGGAUGCUUCCAUGAAAAAAUUUGAUUAUGGAUUAAUUGGAAAUUUGAAGAAAUAUGGUUCUAUUCAUGCUCCUGAAUAUGAUAUUAGCAGUAUUACAUAGAAAGUCUACUUAGUUGCAGGUGCUUAUGAUAGAAUAGCUGAUAUUACAGAUGCAACUUUAUUACACAAUAAGUUGUAGAAUUCAGAAAUGUAUGUUAUUGAAGGUGGUCAUGGCACAUUUAUGUGGGCUAGGGAUAUUUCCUAUUUCUACUAAAUAGUUACUCCCAUUUUACAUAACAAAACUCCUUUAGUUCCUCCUGCUUCUUCUUGA